AUGUAUCGCAUGCUUUCAAAAGUUAACUAUUUUAGAUUUACUGUUAUAGCAGAAAAACAUUUUUGCCCAGUAACUAUAAAGACGCGACAUUAUGCACAGACGUCACAAAAUUCGCGUAUCGUUGUUAAAAAUCCGGUAGUGGAUUUGGAUGGAGAUGAAAUGACUCGUAUAAUUUGGGACAAGAUUAAAAAAAACUUAAUUUUCCCAUAUGUAGAACUUGAUAUCAAAUAUUACGAUUUAGGAAUUCAAAACCGCGACGCUACUAAUGACCAAGUAACCGUAGAGGCUGCUGAGGCUAUCAAAAAAUAUAAUGUAGGUAUAAAGUGUGCAACAAUCACACCAGAUGAAGAAAGAGUUAAAGAAUUCAACCUUAAACAAAUGUGGAAAUCUCCAAAUGGAACAAUUCGUAAUAUCUUGAAUGGUGUCGUAUUUCGUGAGCCCAUUCUAUUAAAGAACGUUCCACGUAUACUUCCCAAUUGGACAAAACCAAUAGUUAUUGGAAGACACGCAUUUGGUGAUCAG